GGGUCAUUGGCCAGGCUUGUGUGCACCAAUUUUCUCCACUCAGCCACAUGAAUUGUGGCGCAGUAUCUUAGUGUUUUUUGCCUAGGGCUGUGAGAAGGCGCACAGAACUAAUCAACAUUUUCCCCCGUCCAACUCGGCCUCAACUCCAUCUUUCGACACCAACUUUCCCAUCAGACCCAGAUCCGAGAGCAGACACGAUGCCUCCUAAAUUCGAUCCCAACGAAGUCAAGGUCAUCCACCUCCUGGCCACCGGAGGUGAGGUUGGUGCCUCCUCCGCCUUGGCCCCUAAGAUCGGUCCUCUCGGUCUGUCUCCCAAGAAAGUUGGUGAAGAUAUCGCAAAGGCAACUGGCGACUGGAAGGGCCUCCGCGUGACGGUCAAGCUCACCAUCCAGAACCGUCAAGCCGCCGUCUCCGUUGUCCCCACUGCCUCUUCCCUCAUUAUCCGCGCCCUCAAGGAGCCCCCUCGCGACCGCAAGAAGGAGAAGAACAUCAAGCACAACAAGUCUGUUCCUCUGGAGGAGAUCAUCGAGAUUGCGAGAACCAUGCGCCACAAGUCUUUCUCCAAGACGUUGGAGGGAGGUGUUAAGGAGAUUCUGGGAACGGCAAACAGUGUUGGGUGCCAGGUUGACGGCAAGAGCCCCAAGGCCAUCACCGAUGCCAUCGAUGCUGGUGAGAUUGACAGUAAGUACCAACCAUCCUCCGAUCAGUUGCAUUCCGCUAACAAGGUAACUAGUCCCUGAGGAAUAAAGGAGGUCAAUAGCUGGACGGACACUCUCGCAUGACUUCUGGAGUUUAGGAAUGGUUCUGCAUUAAGGGGACUACCCAAAAGGGACAACCUUGGGCAAAGAAAAAAAGAAUUGCCAAAUGACAAAUGACAAAGUUUCUAAAACUGGCUUUUGCAAUUUUGCUUGCCGCGAAUUACCUUCUUGCGUGGUGAUGUCAGGUCUGCGAAUUGGUAUGAGCAUAUCUGGUCAG